AUGACUGGAAACAACACGACAGCCGUGUUGGCGCUGGAUCAGCCGUAUGAGAACGGCUACGUCAUCGCGAUGAUUUUUGUCGAGCUGACAAUCCUCUUCAGCACCGUGUUUUUGUCCGCUUUUUAUAUGUCAACGCAGAUUUGCCGUCUAAAAGGCAGUUCUCGGGGAGUCAAUCAUCUGUUCGUCAUGUCUAAUAUUGCUGGGAUUAUGUAUGGAGUCACAAGGACUAUUUUGGUGUAUCACAACUUUUGCAACUUCACGCUACUUGACGCGUUAUGGCUGCAGAUUGUAAAGACGGUCAGGGUGGUGGCAAUGUCGUGGGCGACGUUUUGGCUUUGCUUCUUUUGCCUGGAGCGAUACUUUGAGUCCUCGGUUUUCAUUGGGAGUGAAACUCCGGGAUGCUGCACGUGGAAGGUGGUGAUGUUCUCGUGCUAUGUGAGUGCUUUGAGAAGCCAAACAUUUCGCUUGAAUUGCUUUCACAUGCGGUUUUAAAAACCCUGUUUUUCAGAUAGGCCUCAGCAUGGGGAUGGGAGUUCUUUCCCUUAUGCGGAUUUACGGUGUUUCCUCGGCAAUGUAUGUGGUGACGCCGACGGAGAUGCUCUCUACAAUAUUUGCGGUUGCGGUAGGCGUUCAAAACAUGUGUAAUGAAAAGUUUAGGGUUUUAUUGUGUUAAAAAGGGCGCUAAUUAACAAUUACAAGCGAAUUCGGUUCGCGUCAUUGUCACGCCAAUACGAGGUAAGUGGAUUUUCAUUCUUAAUUACUUUUUUUCAUUCAAUAAUUAGUUUAUUUUCUUUUAAAAGGGUUUAGUUUCAUUUACUUUUGUGGUAUUUUCAGCUCUCUCAGAACAUUCGAAUACUCCUUAGGUUCGAAUCAACCUAUAAAGUCAUCGUUUUUGUCCUGUUCCUCUCUCAAUUCGCCUUAAUCUUCAGCUAUGUUGGAGUCGAAUACGGCUCGCUUUCCUUUCAACUCUCCUUCACGGCAUACCUCGUCUUCGUCGCAAUACUAUUCCUCGCCGAAACCGUUGUUAUGAUCAUCAUGGACACGGGAGUCAAGAUCUAUUUCACGCCGCAGCGACCCACGGAAGUGGUGAACAUGUUCGACGAGAAUUUGAUCGUCGAAAACAAUGCGGAGAACAAUUUCAACGCUUUGCAACAAAUCUGGAGGGAACCGGUGUCCAAGCAGCAGGUGAAGCAGCAGCGGCCGCGGCCAAAGUCGCAUGCGAUACGGAGAACUGUGUCGCCGGAGCGUAACGCGGCAAAAGAUAACUAUCUCUAA